AAAAUCCAAGCUGUAGUGCCACUCAAAAUAGCUCUGACACUGGAAUGUUCAAAUGUGUCGCACGUGCAUAUAUCGAACAAUUUCAGCGGAUAUUAGCUUUGAUUUGUACAUUGGCAUUGUUUGAAAUAUAACUUGUGAGGAUGAUGACUGUGAGUAUGAUGGACUGUGCCAAUGUGCUGCUGUGGCUGAGUGUGAGUGCCCUUCUGUUCGGGGAGGUGUUGAGGGAAGUGGAUGCUUCUGAUGACAAGACCAAGGGGGAGGGUGAGGGGUGGGACCAAGGCGGCGGAGAAAAGACAGGUGGGGUGCUUGAGAGAGAUCAACUGCUGCAGAAUCAGAUGCGAGACAAGAGGGCUUUGCGAGACUCCAAGGGAGCAGCUUUGGUGAAUGCGAUCAAAGAUUGGAAGCAGAAGAAUGUGCCAAUUAGGAAGUUCUCCCUCACCAAUGUGAAACACGUGUUGGCCUGCUACAAUGUCUGUUCCACUGCAUCCCCCAACCCCCCACCUACACCCCCUUCCAAAGGACCCGGUGGGGCAGCUUCUGGUGCAGACCAAGCCAACCAAGGGGGAGCUGGCAGAGUGCGUCGACUGCAGGAUAUGGGUGAUAUGGACUGCAAGUGUGCUUCGAAUCUCUUCCAGCAGGGCAAUGAGCAGCAGUUUGUGCCGUGUUGUGACAAGUUGAACACGUGGAUCAAGGCCUCUCUCACAGACGAGGAACAGCUCAAGAAGAUCUGGAGGGUGUCGGAGGGCAGCGAGAAGGACGCUUUCAAGGAUUUUACGGGCCAAGUGCAGCAGUGCCUGGAUGGUAAACUGAGUGGGGACUUCAACGUAAGGGCGGACAAGCUGGGGGGAUCGGGCAAAUUGGGAGACACCACAAUGACCCUGAAACUGGCCACCCUCCUCACCCCUGUCUUACUCAACAGAAUCACCACCACCCCCACAAUGGCAGGCACAAAUGGAAUGGACAAGUGAAGUGUGGGUAAAGUGGAUGAAAGUGGAAUUAGCCACAGAGAACAAACUGAUGAUCAAUGGAUGAGUGAAUACAUCGUUUCAUUGAAUGAUUCGGCCAAUGAGCAAAUGCCACGUUUCAAAUGGACAAUGCACAAUUUCAUCAAAUCCAGAUGAAAAUUGCAACCAAAUUGAAUCUUCGUCAAUUGAUGAGACAGAAAAGAAAUGAAAGUUCCAUCAAAUAAGACAGAAAUGAAAGGAAAUGGAAUAAAAAGAAAAAAAGGAGAAAAAAACAGCUUACGAAAAAAGAGUUGCGAAUGUUUUUGCUUCAGUGCAACCAAGUUAAAUUUAU